UCUGCGUCUACAUAUCAGAGCUCGGAUCAUCCUUGGAGGGUCUUGCCUGUGAGGCUCGACCCUGCCAUAAAUAGCUAUAAGAAUACUGCUCAAAAUCCAGGUUGAUUUCCAGUGCCAGUACCACACUGAAAUAGCCAUUCUUCAGAGUACAUCAACCACAUAAACGUCUAUUUUAGAUUAAAUUUUACUGUCAUUGAUUCACUAUGCAAGCCUCAUCAAUCCUCUGUUGUUUGGCUUUCUUGGCCCUCACUCAUCAAGGUGUGCUUUCGAUGCAUGAAGCAGGCAGCAGUGCUAGUAAGGCUAAGCAAGCUGGAAAAGCCCCGAUGGAAGCCCCACCCACCCCGGCCAGGUCGAGUGGAGUGCCUGGUAGCAACCCGAACUCAGUAACUGAGGCAUUUCGUAUGAUCUUGGAUUCACCGAAGGACACUGACAUUAGCGGUCAUCAAAGCGGCGGGCCUAGCGGAUCAGGCAGUUCUAGUGGAAAUGACGCAGGUAGUAGCGGGAGCAGGAGUGGUGGUGGCCAUGGUAGACGCUAAGGACAACUGCGCCAAAAGAACACAUGAAGACCUCUUUUAUCAUCUAACCACAAGGAAUUAAAAUCCACAUAACUGUGCCGGAUAAUCAAUGGUAUUAUGUUCUGGAAAACCCAAUACACAUUAAACUUUGACUCCUUAUCCACAACACUUUAUAAAUUUCCUUGGGUUUUUGUUGCUGAACUUCAUU